AUGGCGUAUCAGUUUCCUAUUUCGAAGUUCCUACGUCGUGUAUUAAACGAAAGCACCCUUCAUGGCGUGUUCCAUCUAAUCAAUCCAAAGAGUAAAUUAGCAGAAAAAAUUAUGUGGGCAGUAAUCAUCGGUUUAGUCGUAUUCUGCUCCUUUUCUCUUCUAACCGUUUUCUGGUACAGAUAUCUGACGAACCCGACGGUAAUUGCACUCAACCGAAACUAUCAUGAAUGGAAUACAACAUUCCCAAGCAUAACGGUCUGCUUCCAUAAUCGACUGAAUGUAACUGCUCGCGAUAAUUUGGUCAAACAAAUGAAACCGAAAAAUCCAGAGAAGUUUAAAAAUUUCCUGGGACUGCUUGCGGAAGCAAACAUCUUCCGACUGCAAACGCUAAUGGAGUUCGACGAGUAUAGUUUCUUAGAUCUCAAAGCAACUCAGAAUCAAAUCACCAAUUUCGUUGACACGAAAGUUAUGCUAGACAACGGUCAAGAAGCUGGUUUCAAACGUGUAGUUACGGAAUUAGGUAUUUGUUACACAUUUAAUUCCGACAUAACUCGUUUUAUGUCUACAGAUCCUUCAAGCUCAAGCGAUGAAUACUCGCAUAAUGAUUUAAUACAGGUCACCAUGAUGGAGAGAGAUAUUAUGGCUUCGUUGGAAAACUUGACCGAAAAUGGAAAUAUCUUUUACCAUGGACCAUUUGAAGUGCCAUCGAUUCUUAAACGUUUGAUAGUAUCUGCGUCGACGUCGGCCUUUCUAACCAUUACCUUUAAACCAGUAAUUAUAACAGCUGAUUCUACAAUAGAAAAUCUGUACGUACAGCAGCGUCGAUGUCGAUUUCCUUACGAAUCCAAUCUAGUGAUGUUUCCACGGUACUACUCUCACAGUUUGUGUCUUCUGGACUGCCGAUUGAGACUAUUUUUAAAGUAUUGUGAAUGUGUACCAUUUUUUUACAAUCUUGAUGUGGAAACACCGGUUUGUCGUAUCAAACAGCUACGCUGUAUAGUACAAAAUCUUGUCACUAUUCGUCAAUCUCUGUCAUCAUGCGGUUGUUUGAAAGAUUGCAACACAAUCAGUUUUACUCUGCAAAGUUAUGUGCUAUUCGAAUGGUUUAAUGAUCCACUUAUCAAAUGGAACAUGGAAACGCCAAAAGUACGUUACAGUAGACGAAUCAUCUAUGGAUUUGUUGAUGCAAUGGCUUCUACCGGAGGAAUUUGCGGAUUAUUUUUUGGUGCAAGCGUUCUUACGUUCGUAGAGCUGGUUUAUUCGUUACUGAAGCAUCUGCUAAAAUUGUUUACCCCGAAGAAGAACAAAACAAAUACUAGCCAAAAUAAAAACUUCAACAAUAAAAUACCAGUAGCGAAGAAUGUUAAUAACAAAGUAAAAUUUAAUAAACAAGUCACAUUAUGGUAUUGA